UGUGCGGGGAGGGAAGGAGGGGAGGGGGGGGCUUUGCAGUAGGUAAGACUAUGAAGGGCGCGCGCCCACACCUCCUUCCUGCCAGUCUCUCCCGGCCUUGAAGCUGCUGCUCUUGCUCCUGCUGCUCCUGCUGCUCCUGCUGCUGUCGGUGGCGCGGGUCUCCGUCUCUCCCCGCAGCCCCUUCAGUACCUGAGGCAGAGGAAACAGGAUAGUAACUGAUGAGUCAACUCAAGAAAUCAUGAAACCGUGAUACUUAGAAUGACUGACUGCUUGGUUAUUUAAAGCAUAAAACAUUUGAAGACAACAAAGUUUUGUUUCUAUCAGAAGAGUCCUUAAAGAGACACCAGCAAAUCUAACCAUGUGACUGGAAAUAAUGGUGUAUUAGAUGACUCCCUGGAAUCAGUAACAGUACACUGCUAUAACCCGCCUCCAGCUGUAAGGAAAGGUCUUUAAAAGCCGGUGGUGAUGGAACCAUUGAAUGAUGCCGAUGGAGAGCCGGAUCAACUCAGCAAGGCAGAAGAACCCCAUAAAUGCACUGGGGGGACUCUGCAUCACAGCUGGGUGGCCUGGUGGAAUGGACUGACCACAGGAGGAAUCGUGUAUCUGUUUGCCUUAUCACAGAUAUUGGUUUUCUUCUUUAUGUUUUGGUGUGGUGGCUCCGAGACAAUCCCAACACUUGUAAAUGCUUUGGAUGUCUUCCCCAACCUGCUCAUUCCAUUUGGACAGUUGGUUGUAGAUUCUACUAAGGAUCUGAUCAGAGAUGGAGGCCUCACAAUGUCCUACUUCCUGCUAUCUUUGAUUUCCUUUGGUUUGCUGCUCAUAGGAAUAUUGGUCUGGUAUCUUGUGAAUCCACCUCCAGAUCCCCCAUUUCCCCUUAAAGAGGACAGACGGCAAUCGGUAAGCCGCCAGCCUUCAUUCACAUACUCUGAAUGGACAGAGGACAAAAAUGAGGAUGAUUUCCUUGAUCUGGACCCGGUGCCGGAGACACCCGUUUUUGACUGUGUAAUGGACAUGAAAGUGGAAACAGAUCCAAUAACUCUAACUGUUAAAUCUGUGGGACUGCAAGAAAGGAGAGGCUCCAAUGUUUCACUCACACUGGACAUGUGUACUCCAGGGUGUACUGAGCAAGGUUUUGGCUAUAUCAUGUCUCCAAGGGAGGAGUCAGCCCGAGAAUACCUCCAGACAGCAUCAAAAGUUCUCACUGAGGAAGAAUUACAUGAGAAAGCAUUAGAUUCUUUUGUACUCCAGACAGAGUUUUUUGAAAUUCCAAUGAAUUUUAUUGAUCCAAAGGAAUAUGAUAUUCCUGGUUUGGUCCGAAAGAAUCGCUACAAAACAAUCCUCCCAAAUUCCCACAGCAGAGUGUGCCUUACCUCAGAUGAUCAAGAUGAUCCCCUGAGCUCUUACAUCAAUGCCAACUACAUCAGGGGCUAUGGAGGAGAAGAGAAGGUGUACAUUGCUACUCAGGGACCCAUAGUUAAUACUGUCAGUGAUUUCUGGAGGAUGGUAUGGCAGGAGCAUUCUCCAAUUAUUGUCAUGAUUACCAAUAUUGAAGAGAUGAAUGAGAAAUGUACAGAAUACUGGCCAGAAGAUCAGGUUACUUAUGAAGGAAUUGAAAUCACAGUUAACCAAGUCAUACAAGCAGAUGAUUACCGGUUAAGGCUUAUUACCCUCAAGAAAGAUGAAGAAACAAGAGUUUUGAAACACUACUGGUAUACGUCAUGGCCAGACCAGAAGACGCCUGAUCAGGCCCCUCCCCUGUUGCAGCUGGUUCAGGAGGUGGAAGAGGCCAUGCAGUGCACAGAAGCGAAGAGUGGUCCUAUCAUAGUUCACUGCAGUGCUGGGAUUGGGAGGACUGGUUGUUUCAUUGCCACCAGUAUUUGCUGCAAACAGUGGAAGAAUGAAGGUGUGGUUGACAUACUCAGAACAACCUGCCAACUACGGCUAGACAGAGGUGGAAUGAUCCAAACUUCUGAACAGUAUCAGUUCGUCCACCAUGUCAUGAGCUUGUAUGAAAAACAGUUUUCGAGAGCAGCAGCUGAAGAAUAAAGAUUCAGAAUCAUUUGUUAUAAUGUAAAACAACAGAACUCUAACCAGAAUCGUAUGUAUUCCAGGGAAGAAACACUUGGAAAUUUCGAAGUAGAAGAUAUAUUUAUACAUAUAUAAAUAUAUAUAGUUUUACUUUCAUAUUGCUUUAUUUUGCGUUUAAGAGCUAAGAUGCUGCUUUUCUUCGACAUGUGACAGGACAUUGUUGUCUUCACUCCAAAAAGGCCUAUUUAUACUGUAAAUAAGAUCAGUAGCUCCAUUUGUUACAAAAUUUUAAAAACAUCAUUGUCCGAUUUGCUAUUUACAAACAGCAAAAUUGCUACUAGAUCCAAGUACAGUGUGAAACUCUUUGAUAAAUGUCUUGCUGAAGUCUGUAAUGUAUGUUUACUAAGCUUGAAAAGUAACUUUUUUGCCUUUUUUCCUGAUGGAUUGUUUUUACAUUUUAAACUACCGGAUACUGUGUAUAUCAUAAGACCUUCUGCGCCUCUGCAUUAAAGGAUACAAGUGGAUUCAUACUGAAAUAA